AUGGCGGGAUCUCAGGGCAGGAAGAAGAGUUGGGCCAAGAGCCCAUUGGCCCUCUCUGUCAUGGCUUCAAAUCUAUUGGUCAGUUGGGGGGUGCCUCUUCUUUUGUUACAUGCCUGUGAUUACAUUGCUCAGAAUGCACCAGAUGAUGAUCAUCGCAGGGACUUGGAUGCCAUUGACGCCUUCGGAGGGGAGCAGGAGAUUUCCACCGCAUUUGGCAAGCGUGGAAUGAAGACGGACUUCUUUGACCUCAAGACCCAGGGCGAGGAAGGCGACAUUUUGAGCAUGCCCGGCUUCCUGGUGAUAUUGCUAAAGGUGUUACAGCUUCGCAUUGGGGGCCUCCUCAUAGGGGGCCCUCCGUGCGGGAGCUUUGUGUGGGUCAACCGAUCGACAAGCCGCAGAAGCAAGACCCGGCCGCUUGGGGACAGCUCCAGGGAAUAUGUCAGGUGUGCCAACUCGAUCACGACAAGGUUUGUGCUCCUUUCAAUGGUCGCCCUGGCAAGGGGUUGUGAGAUUUUAUGGGAGCAGCCUGGAUCGAGCCUGAUGUUAGACUUCCCCUAUGUUAAAUUUCUGGCGCUUGCCAUCAUGCCGAUUGCGUGGGGGAAAGUACGAUUUCCUAUGGGUGCUUUCGGCCACCCAAACACAAAGCCGACAAUACUGUUUGGGUCAGCGCCCUAUAUCGAAAGCUUCAAGCGCAAGAUGAAUGCCAGGGACAAGCGCCGUGUGCAAAAGAACAAGGCCCUGGAUAAAUACAAAAUGGUGAAAAAGACCAUCAACAAGAAAACGGGUAAAGUCCAGGUGAGUGGGGCCAGUGGAAUGCGGCGCUCUGCAGCCUAUCCUGCUGGCUUUGCGAACCAUGUUGCAAAUCAACAUCAGCGACUUUUGGCCAAGAAGCUUCCGGUGACCAAGACCCACAAGCGGGAGGUUGCAUCUCCACCCAGUAAGGCACCCUACAACUGGCGCCAUGGCCAGCUCAAGGAAAUCCGUGACUUCCUGAGGCAUCAGGUCGAGUUGAAAACCUACUCGCCAGUUCUGACGUUGAAUGACCGAGUUGCUGCUGAUGAUGCGUUGAAGAGCUCCAAACGCGCAAAGCUAUCAGGCUCCAAAGGCCUUGAAAGCCCCACGUCGACCACGGCUGGUUCUCCAGGAGCAUCAAGUUCUGGCAGCACAGUUCCAGGAACAGAUGCUGCAGCCAAAGAGAAUGCGCUUUUGGGGUAUCAGCAAGCCCAGCAUGAGCAAGCCCUUGCAAACAUGGCCAGACCUUCUCCACCUGCUGUGCCACCCAAACGUACCCUUGCCCGUGUCAACAGUGUUCCCAUCUUCUCACCUGUUACACCAGUUGAUAGGAUCCGCCGCACCAGCACACCAACAGAACAUGGGGUCCCAGCUGUGGCGCCAGCAGCCAUACCCGAACAGCAAAAGCAAGUGCCAGUUCAACCUGAAAUGACACCUGAGGAAGCCAAGCAGGAGAGGAAACGACUUAAGAAGAUUGAACGGAAGGCAGCAAAGUUCCAACGUAGGGAAGCAAAGCGAGCACGAAAGGAAACAGCCACAACUACUGCACCCAAUGCUGCUUCACAUGAACCACAGGCAGAAGGAUGUCCUGAACCAGCCCCGCACCAGUUGCAAGUUGCAGUAGCCCAGCCCAAGCCAGCACCAUCACAGCCCAUGACUGUGAAGCAAGAACCUGGGACUGUAGGACCCCGCGCAAUUCCCACAAUCAAGGUUGCAGCAAAAAAGUCAUCUGCCAAGCCAUCUCAGAGGCCAGGCGCAGCAGCUCCUAGUGACACUGCUGAACCUAACCAGGCUGUCAAGGCAGCACAGACACCAGUGAGAACGGAUGAAGCUGAACAUGCAGCACGUGAACAAGCAACUCAAGACAACUUUGUGCGGGCAAACACAGCAUCGCAAGUGGGAACACCACAGACAGCAAACCGUGAUACUAGAUCACCUUCCCUUGAAACACUUUUGGACAGAACAAUGUAUGCGGAAAAAUAUGGUGAGGCAGAAACUGUUACACCCACACCUCAGCCAGGGACUGAAACAACACCAUCAGCACCCGCGACACAAGCAGCAGCCGAGACACAACCAGCACCCCAGACACAAGCAGCAUCCCAGACACAAUCAGCACCCGAGGCACCAUCAGCAUCCCAGACACAAUCAUCACCUGAGGCACCAUCAGCAUCCCAGACACAAUCAGCACCCGAGGCACCAUCAGCAUCCCAGACACAAUCAGCACCCGAGGCACCAUCAGCACAGGUAGCAGGUACAGCAGCCCCUGAGGCUCAACAGCAAGAACAACUUGCACAAAUACCAGGGCCAAGGAGGAGAAGAGAAAUGACUACAGAACAGAAAGCCCUGCAUGCGCGUUACAUGCGGUUCUCAAGAUCUUUUCAGAGAAGGGAUUGCCCAAAGGAGAUGAAGACUGCUUUCCAGAAUGCAGCCUACUGCAGUGCCAAGCUUAGCCUGCUAAAAGAAGCUUGGGAAGAGUGCGCUGGAGAGUGGAGACAGUCUUCACUCUACAGGAAGAUUACCAACAAGUCAUCAGUCAGUAGCCAUGGUGCCAGGGUGUGGUUGACGCGUGAUCAAAUCUGCGUCAAGUACAAUAACAACCAGGAAGUGGCUAAUGCCAUAUGCAGGGCAAAAGAAGAUGAUGAAAUUCUGUGUGAGACACAGAUCAAGGACCACCCAGAUGCACCUGGGGUUCAGGCAUUGCGGCAGUAUUUGGUGUGGGAUUCCGAAGGAAUCAGUGAAUGUCGUGACACAGUCAUCGAAGAUUUGUUCACUGCACAAGAAGGCAGUGACUCGGAUGGAGAAAAGAAGCUGAAGAAAAAGAAGCGUGAACCUAGCAGCUCCAAAGGUUCCGACCAUGAGGAGUCAGACAGUGAUGAUGAGUCUUCUGGCCAGGACAAGAAGAAGAAGAAUAAGAAUAAGAAAAACAAGAGGGCUGGCAAGAAAGGUGGAGGAAAGAAGGAGACUAAGGAAAAAAAGGAAAAACGCUUGCGAAAAGAACAGGAGAAGUUGGACAAGGAGAAGAAAAACAGGAACAGAAGGACUUGA